AUGGAAUGGUUUGGUGAACGACCUCUUUGUAAUGAGAUUAAACAGAUUGCUGAAGGUUCUUAUCAGAAACCAGGUGGAUAUGAAGAUGGAAUUCGAGGUAAAGGAGAUACAGUUAAUGCUCUUGAAGCAGCUUUAUGGGCAUUUUGGUCUGAUGGAAACUCAUUUGAACGAGGUGCUCGUGCCGCUGUGAAUCUUGGUGAUGAUACUGAUACAACUGCUGCCAUAUAUGGACAAUUAGCUGGGGCUUACUAUGGGUACAAGAAACUACCUCUACGUUGGCUUACACAUGUUUAUGCUAAGAAAUUUAUGUUAAACUUGAGCAGUUGGAUUGCUUAUGAAGGAGAGAUGUGGCACCCAUCAGAAACUUCAUCUCUAGGAAUUUUACCGUCUUCAGGUCAACUUUAUUUCAAUGAACCUAGUACCACAAUAGUAGCACAUGAUCAUAACUUAAAUAUGCGCUCCUCACAGGAUGACGAUGAUACUUCUAUCGUUGAUUCACAGAAACAUAAUAAAAUAGCAGAUACUUGCUGGCAGCAUUCAGUCUCGCCAUUAACAUCACCAACGAAUAAAGAAACAUUUAAAUAUAAUAAUAUGAUACCACAGUUGAACUUGACAUCUCAAUCUAAAGAAGCUAUUAAUGAAGGGCCUGUCGACACAACAAAUUCGAAUAUACAUUUUUUACGAGCCGAAGAAUGUGUUUCUCCAGUUAAUUCUAUGCACGAUUCAAAGAAAAUAGCACAUAACAAUGACCAGCAUGAGUUUGCACCGAGUUAUCCUCAAUCGAUUACUUCUACAGAUGAGCGCACUUCAUUAAUAGGGAACACUUUGAGUCGAAGAAAAUCUGAUCAAGAUGAUAGGAAUUUAAAAUUGCCUGGCGAACGGCGUUCCUCUGAUGCAAAUGCUGAAUCGCCUGAAAAUACUACAUUUUUAGACCUAAUCGUACCACAAAAUUCAGCAUUGAUAAGUCCAUACAAUGCGAAUAAGGAUAGUAGGCUUAUAAGACCGGAACAAAACUACUCUCUACAAAACAUUCUUGCUUGUUCACAAUCUUCUACAAGAAAUUCAAAAGAUGCACCGUCAGCAUUAAGUACAUUUGACUUGUUUACACGUGAAACUUCUACAAUGUUAGACGACAAACAAUGUUUAUCAUGGUCUUGUGACGAUGUUUGUGCUUGGAUACAAUCAUGGGGUGAAAUUUACUCAACUUAUAUAGAUGGCUUCAAGCGACAUAACGUUGAUGGAUAUCGUUUACUUCAUUUUGUUGAUAAUAAAACUCUUCGGGAGUUUGGAGUUGAAAGUUUAUUUAAUCGUCGAGUUAUUUUAAACGGUAUCGAAAAUUUGAAAAAACAAUGUGGAAUACAAUUGUCAUCAAGCAUUCCUACUCUAGAUGACUAUGAUGAUGAAUUUGAUGGAGAUUUCUUUCAUCCUCUGUAUCUUUCGGAUAAUACAUAUCCGAAUACUAUGUCAUGCAUUCUACAACCUCUUCAAAACAAUAUUCAUUUGAAGUUGUAUAAUCGAAUUUUAAAAUGGCUUGGACCAUUACCUAAUGACAUAGAUAUUGACAAAAUAGAACUUAUUCAUAAUGCUGAUUUACAUCGAAUGUUUCUUCAACAAAUUAAGCGUACAGAACGUCGACAAAAGCAACAGGAAUUUCAACCUAAUUUGAAUGCAGAAUCUAAUCCAAUUGAACGAAAAAAAGUUCUUAAUCGACUACAUAUGUUGACACAACAAGUUCAUCAUAAUCGACCAGUUUCAGUCAUUCGUGUUUGGCAUGGAUGUAAGCGUACUAUUUUAUCCAAAUUGUUAUCAGAUGGAUUUGCAGCACUUAGUAGAUUGGAUAAGGGAUGGUAUGGUACAGCUAUGUAUUUUACAUCAUCUGCUGAAUAUGCUACAAAAUAUACAAAUCCUAAUGGUUGUUUGAUUAUGUGCUAUGUUGUUUUACUCAAUCCAUUUCCUGUCAUUACAGAUGAUGCACCACCUGAUGUAUCUAGUAGUAGUUUUCGUUUUUAUGGCAGAGGAAAUUAUUCUAAUUAUCAAUGUCAUUUUAUUCCUGUGGCACCUGUUAAUAACGAUACACAUUGGAACUUUCGUCCACCACCAAAUGGUGUUCAAGAUGCAAUCUAUGAUGAACUUGCUGU